AUGGAUGCGCAGGGAUAUGCCUCCCUGGUCAGUGCGUGCGGUAGGGCGCGCGACCUCGACACGGGAAGGCUAAUCCAUGCCGAUCUCCUGGCGAGCCCACACUCGAGGAAUCGUUUCCUCUGCAAUCGCUUGAUCGAGAUGUAUGGGAAAUGCGGCAGCGUGAAAGAUGCGAAGCUCGUCUUUGAUGGGAUCGCCAAUCCAAACAUCUUCUCGUGGAAUUUGCUGCUGGGAGCCUACGCCCAAAACGGGCAUGUCGAUGAGGCAAAGCUGGUGUUUGACAGGAUUUCUCGGCCAGAUCUCGUGUCCUGGAACUCCAUGCUCACUGCUUACGCACAGUCCGGGAGAAUUCAAGAGGCAAAGUGCCUGUUUGAUCGAAUGCCUCACAAAGAUUCCAUCUCCUGGAACGCCAUGGCCACGGCAUAUACCCAGAAUGGGAAUCUACAAGAGGGGAAGAGAGUCUUUGACAGCUCUCCAAAUCAAACCGUUGUUUCGUGGACGGUUAUGAUCACAGCGUAUGCGCACAAUGGGCAAAUCGAAGAGGCCAGGAAAUUAUUCGAUAAGAUGCCACAAAAGAAUGUGGUGACGUGGAAUGUUAUGCUUUCGGCAUAUGCCCAAAACACGGAUUUUGCGGAGGCAAAGAAUAUCUUUGACAAGAUGCCCAAGCGUGACGUAGUGUCCUGGAACGCAAUGUUAUCGGCAUAUUCGCAAAACGGGCUUUUGUCACAGGCAAGGAGCCUUUUUGAUGCCAUGACUAUUAAAGAUCCGGUUUCAUGGAACAUUCUUCUCACGGCAUAUGCCCAGAACGGGCAAAUGGACGAAGCGGAGGAAUUGUUUAAUCGGAUGCCUGAGAAGGACGCUGCCACGUGGAAUGCCAUGAUUGGAGCUUACGCAGCGAACGGUCAGCUUCACGAGGCGAGAGAAUUGUUUGAUCGGAUGACGCAGAGGAAUGUGGUCUCGUGGACGGCUAUGAUGACGGCGUAUGCCGAGAAGGGGGACUUUAAAGAAGCGAUGAGCAUAUUCAUGGAGAUGCCACAGAGAAACGUGGUAUCUUGGAAUGCCUUGGUUUCGGCAUAUGCCCAGAAAGGAUUCCCGGAAGAAGCAAAGAAGCUCUUUGAUUUGAUGCCUCACCACGAUGUCUCGUCCUGGACUUCCAUGGUUGCGGCCUAUGCCCAAAAUGGACAUAUCGACCAAGCGAGAGCUCUGUUUGACAAGAUGCCAAAUCGCAAUGCCGUGUCUUGGAAUACUAUGAUCGUCGCUUACGCAGAGGAUGGCAAUCUGGAAGAGGCGAAGAGAUUGUUUGAGAAAUCUCCCAAUCGUGAUAUUGUUUCUUGGAACUCUAUGAUCACAGCUUACGCAUCAAAUGGUCGCCUCGAGGAGGCCAAGGCAUUGUUUGACGAGAUGGAAAGAAGAAACACUGUGUCCUGGAAUGCGAUGAUCGCGGGAUACUCCCAGAACCAUCGCUGCAAGGAUGCUAUUCUCUCGUUUCGAACGAUGGACAUUCAAGGCGUUCAGGUGGACGAAGUUACGUUUGCGGUGGUUCUGGAGGCUUGUGCAAAUCUACACUUGCUCAAGUUUGGAAAGAUCGUUCACUCGGAGAUCCAGGGCCGGCGAUUCAGGCUAGACAAGUCACUGCUCGGGAGUGCUCUGAUCAAUCUCUAUGGAAAAUGCGGGAGCCUGGACAACGCGAGGAAAGUUUACGAUGAUCUCGGGAGGAAAGACGUGGUGGCCUUGAACUCCAUGAUCGCAGCCUAUGGACAGAACGGGCAUGUCGACGAGGCUCUCGAAAUCUUCGAUUCCAAGGACUUGGAAGGCAUUCGACCCAACGACGUGACGUUCAUAGUUGUCUUGUUCGUGUGUAGCCAUGCAGGGCUCUUGAAAGAUGGCCAGGAAUACUUCUCCUCAAUGGUGAAUGACUAUGGCAUCCAACCUUGCCAAGAACACUAUGGCUGCAUGGUUGAUCUCCUGGGACGAACGGGAAGGCUGGAAGGAGCCGAAAAUCUCAUCAAAGAAAUGCCGUUUGAAGCCGACGCUGUUACGUGGAUGACACUGCUGGGCGCCUGUAGAGUUCAUGGGGAUGUUAAGAGAGCGAAGCGAGCGAGCAAGAAGCUCGAUCGCUCGAGAAAUUCAUCACGGUAUUUGCUCUUGUCUAACACAGUCGCUUCAUAGCUUUGCAAGGUUUUAGAUCUUUUUCCCAAUUGCCAGUAUCCGAAAGAAAGCAACUCUAUGCUGUUAAGCAUCACCAACAAAAGCAAAUGACGAGCAUCACUAGAAAUCACUAACACAGCUUUGCCACCAACAGUGUAAAAACCACACGUUGCAGAGGAUGAUUACCAUGAGAUGAUGCGAUUUGGCACUCAUUCGCUAUUACCCAUGAUAUAGUUGUGUGUGAUCACUACACAAUCAGAGAAAAAAAAAAUUUCACCACCA